AUCAUUUACAUAUGUAUAUAUUUUCUACGAAAUUUUGGUCGAAAUUCUAAAAGUAAAGGAGACGCAACAGUUCCAACCACCUUUGAGAUUUUGGGCCUAAAUGCCAACAAUGACCAAUACGGUCAUUUAAAAAUUACAAUAGCCACACUGUUUUCCCAUAAUGAUACUCAAGGAUCCACCCACUCUAAAAGAUGUUCUCAAAAUAUUCAUAGUAGGCUUGGCUCUGCGCUCAUAUGCCGUGACCAGCGACAGCAAUGGUCAGGAGCGGCGCACCAGCAUUGGUCAUGAGUUCGCUAGACGUGUACAGCUGGCGGCCAAUCGAAUGGUCAUUGCGAAGCACUACCGAUUCGUGAAGAAUCGCCGCCUUAUGUGGUGCAUGACGCCGGAACGCCUAAAGGACUACGAUGCCAAGAACAAGCAGCGUGCAGCUGAACAGAAGCGCGAGUUAACUCAAAGCGUGCAGGAGUUUGUCACCAAAGUCAAUCCAAAUGUCAAGUAAUAAACGUAAAGUUUUAAUGCCCCAUGUUGGGCGCCACUAAGUA